AUGUGGCACACAUGCAAACCAAAAUAUUAUGGCCCAUACAAAUCCGACACUUGGAAAACACCAACUUGCCGUAGUAGAUGUCAGUUCAGAUAUCGCAAGAAUUAUAAUGAAGACAAGUUUUGGGGAAGAAAUAGCUAUUAUGUCCUUGGAAACGAGACUGAUAUCAGAAGGGAAAUAUAUGAUAAUGGAUCAGUGAUCGCAACUUUCCAAGUUUACUCCGAUUUUUCUUACUAUACAAAAGGAGUUUAUAUCCAAAAAUCUGGAUCUAAACGAGGAGCGCACGCAGUGAAAAUUGUUGGAUGGGGAGUAGAUAAGACAAGCGGCACAAUUCCUUACUGGUUGGUCGCAAAUUCGUGGAAUACUGACUGGGGAGAAAACGGUUUCUUCCGCAUAAUACGUGGAACAGAUGAGUGUGGAAUUGAGUCAAAUAUAGUCGGCGGACACCUCAUUAUUUAUAAUGCUCACUAA